CCGCAACUGCGCGUGCGCGCCGACGGGCCGGAAGUGUACCGGCGGUGCGGGGGUUAAUGUGAGGCCGAGGCCUCGCGGGGUCCAGAGGCGGUCGGCGGCGGUGGUCAAGGUGAUGCCGGCCGGAAGAGGCGGGACGAGGCCAGAACCGCCCGCUCUGGGCGUGUCCCGAGGGUGCCCCGCCCCGCGCUCGUCCUCCUUGCCCGCCGGGCUGGCACCGAGCCGGCUGCUGGGUACCUGGGAAGAUCUGCUCUUCGCUGUCCGAGCUGAGGCGAAAGUCCGGUCCCUAGAGCGCGGAGAGCGGCGGUGCCAGGCGCCUCGGCGGACUCCCCUUCAAGUGUACGUCUGCAGCGGCCCAUGCUGUCUGGCACUCAUGGGUGUAAGCAAGUUAGAUAUUCUAUACCGGAGACUUCUCCUUACAAAACUCUUCAUCAGAGGAUGGGGAAGGCCAGAAGAUCUCAAGAGACUCUUUGAAUUCAGAAAGAUGAUUGGAAAUCGAGAAAGAUGCCAGAAUCUGGUUUCAAGCGACUAUCCGGUGCACAUUGAUAAGGUUGAAGAACAGUCAGAUUGUAAGAUCCUAGAUGGACACUUUGUUUCUCCCAUGGCCCACUAUGUGCCUGGUAUCAUGCCGAUUGAGUCAGUUAUUGCAAGGUUCCAAUUUAUUGUGCCUAAGGAAUGGAACAGCAGAUACAGACCUGUGUGCAUUCAUCUGGCUGGAACAGGAGACCAUCAUUACUGGAGGCGCAGGACUCUCAUGGCUCGUCCUAUGAUUAAGGAGGCCCGGAUGGCUUCAUUGUUGCUAGAAAACCCUUAUUAUGGCUGCAGGAAGCCCAAGGACCAAGUAAGAUCCAGCUUAAAAAAUGUGUCUGACCUGUUUGUGAUGGGAGGCGCUCUUAUUCUGGAGUCGGCAGCUCUCUUGCACUGGCUGGAGAGGGAAGGUUAUGGACCUCUCGGAAUGACUGGAAUAUCCAUGGGAGGGCAUAUGGCCUCCUUAGCAGUUUCCAACUGGCCCAAGCCCAUGCCAUUGAUUCCAUGCCUGUCUUGGUCCACCGCAUCUGGGGUCUUCACUACGGGUGUAUUGAGUAAAUCGAUUAAUUGGCGGGAGCUGGAAAAGCAGUAUUACACACAGACAGUUUAUGAAGAAGAAAUUAUUCAUAUGCUAGAGUACUGUGGGGCAGAUUCUUUCAAAAUGGGACAUGACUUCAUGAAACACUUCCCUAGCAGUGCAGACAAGCUGACCAACCUAAAUCUGGUUUCCAGAACAUUAAACUUAGAUACAACAGACCAAGUUGUGUCCCCAAAGCAUGUUGAGUGCCAUGAUUCUGGUAAAACACCUAUCAGUACUACUUCAAAAGGACACUUGUUACAAGAUACCUCUAAGAUGGAAUGCCUGAAUCAAACACUCUCAACUAACAAAAGUCGUUAUGCAAGUUACAACCCUCAGUCAUCUCCCCUGCUCAGCAAAGAACAGAAAAGAAGCAAUCUUCAGAAAGAAUCUCUAAUCUUCAUGAAAGGAGUCAUGGAUGAAUGCACUCAUGUAGCAAACUUCUCAGUUCCAGUUGACCCAAGCCUCAUUAUAGUGGUCCAAGCCAAAGAGGAUGCCUAUAUUCCACGGACAGGAGUUCGAAGCCUGCAAGAAAUUUGGCCUGGUUGUGAAAUCCGGUACCUAGAAGGGGGUCAUAUCAGUGCUUAUCUCUUUAAACAAGGACUCUUCAGACAAGCCAUCUAUGAUGCCUUUGAACGUUUCCUUCAUAAAUAUGCUAACUAAUCGGAUCAAUGGAUCCUACUAAAAGCGUUCACCCUACGAUGAUGUGAAAAACAAGCAGACAGCACUACUUACCUGAUUGCUGCCAUAUAGUCUGUGUGCCAGUGUUAUGGGUCAGUUACCAACUGUAGAUUUCAUUAAUGUAAAAGGAGUACUUGAAUCAUACAAUCCUGAAGUGUUUGUUACUCUUGAAAAUCUCAUAUAUCCAAUAUGACAUUUGUUGUUAAUAUUUAUAAAAACAUUUUAAUUAUGAAUAAUUUAUUGAUUUUGAAUAAAUAGGAACCCUAUUGGUUUUUAAUAGAAUUGUUAAAACUAAGAUUAUAUAACAUAUGUACUGUAUACUGUUAUAUGGCAUUUUUUGCUAUUAACUUGAUUUUAAAACCUGUGUUCCUCCUUUUUGUCUAUGUAGUGGGUUUGUAAUCUAGCUUUCAACUUUAGGUAAUUUACUGCCAUAGAAAUACCUAAGAUGUGUAAAUCAGUGUUACCUUUGAAUUCUGAAAACUAUCCUGACUGCUGAGCUGUGCCUCUGUGUACAAACUGCAAUCCCAGCACUUGAGAAGUGAAGGCAAGAGGGUCAAGAGUCCCAUCAUUGUUCAUAGAGCAAAGUUGAGGCCAGCCUGAGCUACGCGAGACCCUGUCUCAAAAAAAUAUGUCUGGCAUUGGUAGCUCAUGUCUUCAAUCCCAACAGGUAGGAAAGAGAGGCCUGCAGAGCUCUAUUGAGUUUAAGGCCAGUCUGGUCCAUGAGGCAAGUUGCAGGCCUGCCAAAACUACAUGAUAAGACUGUCUCAAAAACAGUAACACGACAGUAUAAAACAAAACCUUACUGCUUUGUAAUGUUUUACUAAUAACCUGAAUGCUGAAAUAUGCAAAUAAGAUUAGUUAGACAAUUGGGCGGUGGUGGUGCACGCCUUUAAUCCCAGCACUCGGGAGGCAGGAGGAUCUCUGUGAGUUCGAGACCAGCCUGGUCUACAAUAGCUAGUUCCGGGAUAGGCACCAAAGCUAUAGAGAAACCCUGUCUCAAAAAAACCAAAAAAAAAAAAAAGAUUAGUUAGACUAGGGCAGACUUUAAAGUGUUAUCAAACGUCAGGUCAGAACAGUGCCAGGCCUGGGGCUGUACUUGCCCAGCCAGUGAAGACUCUGAGGCCAGUCCCCAGUCCGCCAAACAGAAAGAAAACCUAUAUGUGUCUGGGGUGGGGGUCAAACAUGCUCUAUAUUUAAGAGAGCUUUGUCUUGAAAAAUGCAUAUGCUAGAUGAGCUUUUCACUAGAUACUGGAUUCUUUCAGGCAUUUCUUACACACCUGGUUCUUCUGUUGCUUAAAGACUGAGUUAACAGCUUUGACUUUUUAAUUUCAGAAUUUAAUAGCUACAUAUAAAAUUGAACCAUUGUACAGAAAAACUUGAGGCUUUGUACACUGCUAACUUUUUAAAUGGGAACUAUAUGGAUAGAUAUAUGGUGCUGAUAAUAGACUUCUCUGAGCAAGAAUGUUUAAAAGGUAAUAUUAAAAUGUGUUUGUUUGAAAUCUGUAUUGCUCUUAAAUUUAAGUUUAAUGGAGAUAUGUGGAUUUUUUUUCUCUUUUUCAAGCCAGGGUUUCUGGGUAGCUUUGAAGCCUGUGGAUAGGUGGAUAUUAACAUGCCUUUGGCAGCUUUUUAAAGCUGCUGCGCCAUUCUGAUGUCUGUUCCUAAAGUUCCCGACUGCUGUUUGGACAUUUUUACUGUGGAGUCAGUGAUGGAAAAGUAGUUGCUUCUUGGACACUUGGACUUUCACAUACAUCACAGUAAAGCUGUUAGAGCUACAGCAAUUUCGUAUAUUCAGACUAGAACUUUUACUUUUGACUUCCAGAACAAAAUGAUCCUUUAAAUAAAACCUGUGUACACCUUUAAUCCCAGUGCUCUGGAGGCUAAGGCAGGCCAAUCUCUCAGCUGGAGGCCAGCCUGGUCUACUGAGUGAAUUCCACCAGGGCUACACAGAGAAAACCUGUCUGUCUUUUUUUUAAAAAAUAAAUAAAAUAAGAGAUUAAAUGUAUUACACCAUUCUACCAUGCAUAUAGUUAGAGAAUUUCUUUGGAUUCUGAACAUAGUUUCAGCCAAAAACAACAUUUUUCUUCACAUAUGCAUUUAUUAAAAACAUUCUGUGGUAUGUAGGUUUUCUACUAGUAAAAUAAUGAAAAUUUGAUAUUUUAAUUAAUUCUUAGACUAUUUUAGAAUUUUUAUUUUUUAAGACCUGGGUACAGAGUCAGGCAUGGUGGGACAUACCCUUAAUCCCAGCUCUGGGAAGCAGAGUUCAAGGCAAGCCUGGUCUGCAAAGCAAUUCAGAACUCAGAACAGUCAGAGAUACACAGUGAAACCUUAUCUCAACAGAGGAGAAAAAAAAAAAAAAAGGAAGAACUGUGUGUCACUGGCAGGACAUGCCUGUAAUUCCAGCACUUGGGAGGUAAAGGAUCAGUCACAAGUUCCAGGCCAAUACGGUCUACAUAGUGUGUUCCCAGACCACUCAGGACUAUCUGUCUCAAAUAAAUAAAUUCAUUUUCAUCCUUCAUUCACAAAACUGCCUAAGCUGAUUAAUUCAGAGAGAAAAAAAUACCUUUCUUUCACCUUUAAGCCCACUCAGCAUAAUGAUAGCUUAGAUACAAGCAUGCAUACACACACAUUAUAUAUAUUCUUUGAGAAAUUAAUGUAUUUUCAAAGAAGUCCUGCCUGUCAUUUUCAUGACACUUUGUGGAUUAGGUCUAUAAAUACUGUAGAUUCAAUCAGACCAGAGUUGUAGGGAACUAGUUUUCACAGGCCAGUUUGACCCAAUUUUAUCUGGUGUACAUAAUAGGUGUGGAUUCCCAGUUCUGCUAGCAGACUUCUUACAUGUAGGUAACUACUACUCUGUAUUUUCCACUCCGCUCUAAAGACCCCUGGUGUAGUUCUAUAGUUAGACUUCAUGAUUUGCCAAUGUUGUAAUUAGAUUUUAUCAAUGUAUUUUAAUGUGGUGCUUUCUCUAAUGUAUAUUAACAUUAUAACUGAAUUUUUAAGAUAUUUUCAAAUUUAUAUUUCAUAAUAAAAAUCUAUUUUAAAAGUUA